AUGGAUGCAGAGGAGUUGAUUGAAUCCAUCAUCAGAGCGCUCAUGUUUAUAGCAGGGAUCCUGGGAAACAGCUGGCUGGCUAUCUGCUCCCUGCCCAAGCAGAAAUCUGGCAUCCGCACCAACGAGGUCCUUUUCAUCAACCUGGCUCUCUCCAACCUCAUCACCAACUGCCUGGUGGACCUGCCCGACACCAUAGCGGACUUCAACGGACGCUGGUUCCUGGGGGAGACCUUCUGCGGCGUCUUUCGCUUCAGCGCCGACCUCUCCGAGACCAGCAGCAUCUUCACGACCUUCUUCAUCAGCGCCUUCUGGCACCAGAAGCUGGUGGGCUCCCUGAAACGUGGAGGAGCUCCGGUGCAGCUGGACAACCUCCUGCUGGUGGGGUGUCUGCUGGCCGGGAGCUGGACGGUGGCGGUGGUCUUCAGCGUCCCGCACUUCUUCUUCGUCUCGGUGGAAGGGGGAAACGGGAGCGAAGACGACUGUUUAGACGUCUUCCCCAACCCUCUCGCCCAGCAAACGUAUGAGGUCAUUUAUCUAACCGUGGCUAACGCUUUCCCCAUCGCCGGGAUUGUAUUUGCGAGCGCCCAGAUUGUCAUCACUCUGUACCAGAACCAGAGACGUAUACGGGGUCACGGCUCUGAUCAAACCAAGGAGGCGGUCAGAGAGGAAAACAAGAGCCUCGAAAACAGAGACGACGAGAGAUCAAUCAGCACCGUUUCUGCUCCGGGGAUCUCAAAAGAUCUCGAUCCUUCGUGUCCUUCAGAUAAGAGUGCCCACAUCGCUCCCUUCAACGGGGAAACAGAGAGCAGAGCUGGAGCCAAACCAAAUGUUUCCAGGCCCAACCAGAUGCCAUCAAAGCCCAGUUCCAACACAAGCAGUCAGGUGAGGGCAGCCAAGAGUGUGGUAGCUGUAGCCAGCGUGGUGCUGGUCUGCUGGCUGACUCAUUUGCUUCUGCGCAUCACCAACAGCAUCCACACUUCAUCAAUAGUAGUGGAGGUGGCCAGCUACAUCGCAGCCUCCUACACUUGCAUCAUCCCUUACAUAUUCCUGCACGGAGUGAAAAAACUUUCUUGCAAGUGCAAAAGAUAG